AUGGCGGAUGAGAGCAUGGAUGUCGACCACUUCGACCCUGAGGCUGUGCACGGUGGGGGCGGUUACGUCGACGACGACCUUGAUCUUGACGACGAUGACGACGACGAGCCGUUGCUGAUCUCGAGCUCGCGCUCUGCCGGGCUGUCGUCCCCCUCGAUAGGGAAGGGUCAAAAGCGGCGAGCGAAGCCUAGUCUGUCAGGUCCGUCGCCCGAACUGAAAAAGCGAAAGAAGGAGACGCCGGGCGCGCACCCUGACGACUACCUGCUUCGCCGCGCGGGUACCGGUGAGUUGCGUGACUACGUAGUCGCAAAGUUUCUCACGCGCGUCCCAGAUUUUUCAAAUGACCCUCACGUGAGACUAUACCGACAUACUGAGAACACAAUUCGCGGUCGCGAGAAGGCUAUCGAAGCACAUCGGAAGCAGCAGAUAUACUAUAAUAGUUUUUCAGGGAAGCGUCGACUGGAGCGGUACGACAAGCAAGGGAUUGUUACCAUUCCUGAUCGUUACAGGAAGGGAUGGACUCUUGAGGUUACCCCCCAGCACGUGUUGGAGGAAAGAAAGAGACUUGCAGAGGCGCUAAAGCUUUCUGGCAAGGAGAUGCCUACCGCGGCGAAUGGCGUUUCGAACUCGGCGUCAGGGGCAAACGGUCUCAAGAGCAGGAAUGGUGAUGAUGAGGAGAAAUCUCAGCAAGAUCCAGAUGUGGAUUUGUUCGACGGAAAGUUUGACGGCAAGUCAACGUCCCGCUACGCUAUCAUGGUCAUGGCGGAAGGAAGCAAAGCGGUGGAUGUCAUUCCCAUUGACGACUACUCUUGGUGUUCAUUUCGAGCAAACCGAUCGUGCGGACGAGAUACUACAGAAAAGACAGAGGCCCAAAUGCGCAAAAAUGCCACAAAAGGCCAGAACAGGCUAGCAAAGUUUUCGACGAAGCUGGAGAGUGCCCAAUUCGCGAGGGAGCAGGGCAUGGGGGAUAACUCUCGCAUUAGGGACAGCAGCGAAUAUGCCGGCGUCGGAAUCAAGCGAGGCGCAGCAAAGCGUGAGGAUGACGUUGAGAACGGAGAGGAGCUGGACUUUGAGCAAGAAUUCGACAAUGAUGACGUUGCGCAGAUGGACAAGGAAAGCGUCAAGAAGACAGAAAAUCGGGUUGUCGAUGCAGAGCAGAAUGCCAAGGACUUCCGGAAGUUAAUCAAGGAUGAACCGAUCACUUCGAGGCCGUCGUCACCUGCUUCUGAAUCGGAUGAUGAUCCAACUCAAGGCAAGAACUCUCGCCCCGUGUCGCGCUCGCCGUCGCCAUCCCGGCCUCCGUCUGCAUUGCGUUCCCCAAGUCGAUCGCUUAAAUCCACGGCCGCAGUUGGGUCUAGACAACCGACCCCGAUGGGCACGAGUCCUUACGGAUCUACUCCUCUAGGUGUCAGCCCAUCUCCAGGACGCAGUCCGGGUGGGAAUACACCCCAGAAGCUCGAUUUGUCUCACUUACUUCCACCGUCAGGAACUCUGCCUUCAAGCAAUCAUAUCAAGGCAGUGCUGUCGGUUUUGUUGAAGACUCGGGAACGAAUUAUGUUCAAAGAGUUUCUACAAUACUUUGAGACGAAGACUAAGGAACAAAAGAGCAAUCUUACUCGUCUCAUGAAAGCUGUUGCUAAUGUCACCCAAGAAGUGGUUAGCGGACAUAAGAGAAUUUACAUCAGCUGGAAGAGGCCACAAGUACCUGCAGGACCUAGCGGGAGGGGAUAGGCAUCGAACAGACUUUUUACGCACUAUGAAAUCUUGGAGUAGGUCAUGCUGUGGCACGCUGUGAAUAUAUACACCCAACUAAACCGGUCAGUUGCCCUCGGAGAAACUUUUUGGGGGGGCUUCUCUUA